AUGAAAACAUUUAUUGCAAAAAGAUACGUUAAUUCAUUAUCUGAUAUAAUUGCUGUUGGUAAACUUUCUAAAAACAUUUAUAUUAAUGCAGCAAAUUUUACAAUAAACAAAGUUAUUACAUGUGAAAGUUCAUAUUUUUAUAUAAAUUUAUCAAAAAAAAGUGAUAGUUUUGACUAUGUAAUUACACGCUUUUUUAAUUCUAAAGAAAAUGUUAACAUUGAUAAUGAGAUAAACCGAUUAUUUAAAACGUCAAGAGAAAAUGUAGAAAAUGUAACAAAAAUAACAAUUGCCUUGUCAGAUGCUUUUAACCAAAUAACACCUACUGAAUGUCAUUUUUACGGAGAAAAAUUAGCUAAUUUUGUUGACAAGCUGUUUGUAAUUUUUAACAAUGCUAAAAUUCUUGAAAUUAUACAUUUAUCAAAUGAAGAAAGAAAUGGAUUUAUAUUUUAUUUUUUAAUGAAUCUUAAAAAUAAUAAUAUUAAAGUUGUUAAUGGAAUUGCUUUUGAAGAUAUUAUUACUUUUUCAUUUAAUAAUCAAAAUGAAAAAAUUGAUGUAUUUAGAAAUUUAAAAAAUUUAACUGAAAUUAAUAUUUUUAAGCAAAUUGAAUUUAAUCCAUUAUCACAACAUCCUAAAGUCAAAAAAUAUAUCUAUUAUCUUAUAGAUUGUUUGUCAAAAAAAAAAGAAUGUACUUUAAGCUUUUAUCGUGUUGACCAUUCAUUAUCAAAUGAUUUUUUGAUAAAAAUAGUAACAUAUGCUCAAAAAAAAAACGUUAAUGUUAAGUUCAAUGAAUUAUCUUUUUCUUUUAAUGAUUUUUUUGAUUCAAUACUUUUAAACAUGAAAAAAUUGAAUUAUUUGAAUAUAACAAAUAUAACUGAAUUAAAUAUUUCAUUAACAAAUAUUUCAGAAAUUACUAAUAUAAAUAAAGGAAUAAUUUUAAUGAAAAAGUUAAAAUGUCUAAGAGUUCAUAUUCAAUAUGAUUUUUAUAAAAUAUUAGUACAUGAAAACCGCACAACAUCUAAUUGUAUUAAGAUAAUUUACACAAAAUUUAACCAAUUAAAUUUUAAAAUGUUAAAAAAUUUGAAAUUUUUUUAUCUUCAAUUUCCAUAUAUGAUUUGGAUACAGAUUAACAAACAUAAACAAGAACUUCAAGAACAUUUAUUUCAAUACAUAGGUGAAUGUUUAAUUUCAAUAUUACCAAAUUCUGUAACACUAUUAUCAUUAGCAUCAGUUCCUAUUAAAAAUAACAAUUUUUUUUAUUUAAUUUCUAAAAAUUUACCAAAUUUAACAAAAUUAUUUAUCAACCAAAAUUGUAUUAUACCAAGAAAAAGUUUAAAAUACUUAAAAAAUUUAAAAUUUAUUUAUUUUCCAUAUAAUUUAAAUUUGGUCAUUCCAAAUUGGAUAAAUAUUGUUGUGGUUUUUCAUGAAAAUUCAAUAAUUAUGAAAACAUCUCAUUCAGAUAAGAAAAUAGAUGACACUGUUUUACAAAGUAAUUUGUAUUCAUUAUUAAAAAAUCAAUAUAAAAAUUCAGUUAUUUAUAGUAAUUCAAAUCAUUCUCAAGUAUCUGUUUUUUUCAACAACAUAUUUCAUUGGGAACAAUUUAUUAAUUUAAGUUCAUUAUACGAUAUUACUGCUUAA